AGUCGCCUCGCGACACUUGCACGAGCUUAAUCGUGUUGACAACAAUUUAAAUAUAAACUUUAUUGUAUAUUAUGAAAAUUUAAAAGAAAAGAAAUAUAUUUAAAAAAAUACAAAUGUUCUUUAUUUUGUAUUUUUUUUUUUUUUUUUUUCGUCAUUGAAAAAAAUUAAAUUUCAUGAGUUUAAAUUUAAUUAAGUGUUAGAACAGUAAUUUAAUUAGUUUUAUUGAGAAUUUUAUUUAAGAUUUUCUUUUGAAAAACUUGUAUUUUGUGCUGUUUUUUUUUUUAAUCAAAGAGUGAUACAUCAUUUUAAAGGGAUAUCCUAGAGUAUUUAUAUACCUAAAAUGAUUAAGAGUCAUUUUAAAAAAUUAAUGGAAGGCAUAAAAUUGACAGCAUUGCUUGCUGUCUUAAUUAAUCUUGGAUCAUGUCAAAGUGUUAUUGAUGUGAUGCCUGAAUUUUUGGCACCACUGGAGAAUCAUACAGUGACACAGGGUCGUGAUGUUUUUUUUACAUGUGUUGUUAAUCAUUUGCAAGCGUACAAGGUUGCAUGGAUAAAAUCUGAUUCACGUGCAAUUCUUGCAAUUCAUACACACAUGGUAACGCACAAUCCAAGAUUAUCAGUAACUCACAAUGGUCAUAACACAUGGAAACUUCAUGUUGCAAAUGUACAAAAAAAUGAUUCUGGUACUUAUAUGUGUCAGGUCAAUACAGAUCCAAUGAGAAGUCAAAUGGGCCACAUGGUUGUACAAAUACCACCGGACAUAAUGGACGAAGAGUCAUCAGACGGUCUAGUUACUCAAGAACGAGGUAAUAUUAAAUUGCGUUGUGUUUCAACUGGAAUACCACAGCCAACAGUUACGUGGCGUAGAGAAGACGGUGGAAAUAUUACUUUGCGUGAUGAAUCUAGAGAAAAACUUGUCGUUAAAAAUUACGAUGGUGAAACUCUGAAUUUAACUGGUGUACUACGACAAGAAAUGGGUACAUAUCUUUGUAUUGCCAGUAAUGGUGUACCUCCAACAAUAAGUAAAAGAUAUUCCGUACAAGUGCAUUUUCCACCGGUAAUUAAAGUUACGAAUCAACUCGUGGGUGCUCCAAUUAAUAGAAACGUCACAAUUCAAUGCUCAGUUGAAGCAUCACCACGAGCAAUGAAUACGUGGUACAAAGAAAAUGGUGACAAAUUAUUGCCUGGUCCAAAAUACAUUAUGACAGAAUUUCAACAAAAUGAUUAUUCAUGGCAAAUGAAUUUAACUGUUAUUAAUUUAGAAAAAAAAAAAGAUUUUGGUGGAUAUGUAUGUGCAUCAGUUAAUGCACUUGGUAAAGCUGAAGCUGUUGUACGUUUACAAGAAUUAGAAUUAGUUGAGGAAACAACACCAGGAUCAAUACAAAAAAAUCAAGAUACAAAAGUACGUAAAAAAAUUCAACAUAAUAAAAAAAAAUUAAAUCGUCGACCAUAUGAUAAUAAUAAUAACAACAAUAAUAAUAAUGACGAUAAUAAUAAUAAUAAUAACAAUAACAAUUAUUUAAAUGGUAAUGAUUAUUUUGGAACAACUCAGAUAAUAAAUGGUGGUGGUAGUACAAAAACAGGACAUAAAACAGAAAGACCAUUAAUAUCACCAUCAAUGUCACCACCAUGGGUUGUAUUAGCAUCAAAUUGUCAAAGAUUAUGUACUUCAUUAGCAACAAUAUUUUUUAUCAUUUUAUUAACAACAUUUCAUGCGUUAUAAAAAUAUAUAGCUAUAUUUAAAAAACAAAAAAAAACAUGAUAAAUUAUAAAUGUAUGAAUUUAUGUUUAAUUUAUUGUUAUUCAGAUAAAUUUUAUCGUCAAGUAUAUAUAUAUUGAUACACACAAACACAUUAAACAUAUUUUUAAAUAAUUUUAUUUUAUAUUCAUUUAUGACAAUGAGAUAAUAAUAAUAUGUCGAGUGGUAUCAUCAAAACAAUAAUGAACAUUGAAAAUUAAAUUUUCAAGUAUCAUUAUUAUUAAAUUGGCGUGUAAUUAGGAAAAUUCAAUGCGGGCUUAUAUUAAUAAUAAUAUGUACGGGGCCCAUAUUGUAUAUUUAAUUUUUUUUAAAUAAUUAUUAAUAUUGUUAAAUGAUUUUUUUUCACUGAUUAAAUUUGAAUGAAAAUUUUUGAAUAAUUUUAAAAAGUUAUUUUAAGGUCAAUAAUUUGAUUGGCUAAUUUGUAAUAUCAUUAUUAACCCAAAUAAUGAUUUUAAUGAAUUAAUGCUUUUAUAUUUCGAGCAGAAAUAUACAACAAAAAAAAAAAUAAAACAAA